CGCAGCACCUUUGUCAGAGAGGUCCAAUUCCUUUUACUCCUAAAAACUAAAAAUAUCUCUGAACUUUCCCCCUAAAAGAGGACUCUCUGUUUUCCAGCGGAAUAUUCAAACUAUUUUGGAAAGUCUUUUUUCCUUAAUAAAGUGUCUGUGUUAUUUGAGGAAGAAGAAGAAGAAGAAAGCAUCACUUUUAAAGAUGCUCUGCGUCUUUUCCCGCUGAGUCUGUGAAGUGAGCGCGGCGGUGCGGACACCUCCACAGCCUUCAGCACAGCCAGGGCGACAGCAGAGGGCUCAUUGGAGAGGGAGCCGGUCAGUGUGUGAGCGAUGGCUGGAUGUUGUGUGUCGGCGGAGGAGAGGGAGAACCAGAGGAUCAAUGAGGAGAUCGAGAAGCAGCUGCGCAGAGACAAGAAGGACUCUCGCAGGGAGCUGAAGCUGCUGCUGUUGGGUACUGGAGAGAGUGGAAAGAGCACCUUCAUCAAACAGAUGAGGAUUAUCCACGGAGGAGGAUACACAGAUGAGGAUAAGAGGAGCUACGCCAAACUGGUCUACCAGAACAUCGUCACAUCCAUGCAGGCCAUGACCCGAGCCAUGGAGACACUUAGCAUAUCUUUCGCUGAUCCCCAGAACCAGAGCCAUGCAAACUUAGUCCUGGAGGUGGAGGUGGAUAAGGUGGAGGAGUUAGAUUCAAGCCUUUCGGCAGCCAUCAGAAGUCUGUGGGACGAUGCAGGAAUACAGGAAUGCUACGACAGACGCAGGGAAUACCAGCUGUCCGACUCCACCAAAUACUAUCUCACCGACCUGGAUCGAAUUUCACAGCCCUCCUAUAUACCUGACCUGCAGGAUAUCCUCAGAGUCCGAGUGCCGACCACGGGUAUCAUCGAGUACCCCUUUGACAUGGAGAACGUCAUCUUCAGGAUGGUGGAUGUGGGGGGUCAGAGGUCAGAGAGGAGGAAGUGGAUCCACUGCUUUGAGAACGUCACCUCCAUCAUCUUUCUGGUGGCGCUCAGCGAGUACGACCAGGUCCUGGCUGAGUGCGACAACGAGAACCGUAUGGAGGAGAGCAAGGCCCUGUUCAAAACCAUCAUAACCUACCCCUGGUUCCAGCGCUCCUCUGUCAUCCUCUUCCUCAACAAGACCGACAUCCUCCAAGAGAAGAUCAUGUACUCUCAUGUAGCCACCUACUUCCCUGAAUUCACAGGACCUCAGCAGGAUCCUGUAGCAGCUCAAGAAUUCAUCCUGAAAAUGUACCAAGAACAAAACCCGGACAAGGGCAAGACGCUGUACCCUCACUUUACCUGCGCCACAGACACGGAAAACAUCCGCUUCGUCUUUGUGGCCGUAAAAGACACCAUCCUCAGACACAACCUGAAGGAGUUCAAUCUGGUGUGAAGAGGAGCAGGAGGAGGAGGACAGACAUGAGGAGAGCUGAGAUAGGAUGGAGAAUUACAUGAAACAAAACUUCACAGUGCUGUCUAAACAGAGAACAAUUAGAUCCACUGAGAAUAUUUAUGAUUUAUUUAAUCCAAAGGUUUAAAUAUUUUCACUUUUCAACUUUGGUGCCUGUAAAAAUCCAGCCAAAGAGAAUAUGAACAUGUAACAUGUCCAAACUUCUGUUUCUGUAGGUCAUUGUGUCUGAAAUGCUGUUUUGUGUAUUUUGUUUUGUAUACUUUAGUUUUUAUUCCAGCCUUUUUAGAUAUGUGCUCUAAGAAAAUGAUACUUUGCAGUAGAAGUAAGAAUGUAAUAGCACUGACCUUUUGUGUGGACUACUUGUUUUAUUACCUUUUACAAUGUAUUAGAAAUAGGAUCCAAGUAUGCAUUUUCUGCUCAUGUCAUAGGUGUUUUGUGAUUUAAUGUUGUGAAGAUUUUUUUCGCCAUUGUUUUUAACACUGAGCCACGGGUGUGUGCUUUUGCCUCCAAGUGCCUUGUUGACUCAAGACAGCCACUGACUUUGUUUAGAUGUAAAUAAUUCAAGUUGCUUUUUGACAAACUCUACUCAGCUGUUUCUUCUCAGGAGAACUGGGUAUCAUUAUAUUUAUGGUCAUUUUCAAUAAACAAUUAUAGUUACCUAA